AUGAGGGUCCACUGUGAUUGCACUAGAGGUGUGAAGGAAGGCGUGUGGUCACAAGAAACUCCCAGACAGGAGGGACCCGGGCGCCCGGCACGGGGCCCCGGGGCGCUCUACUUACCCGGCCGGGCGGCGGCCGCGGUCCCUCGCGGGUCCCGUGCGCAGCACAACUUGCUGUCUUUCCCUGGCGGGGACAGCGCGGCACCAAAGAAGACUGUCUUUCUUGCCUUUGCCACUAUCCGGACGGAGAUCGAGGCGAGUCUGGAGAGCUGGGGUGGGAGGACCCGCCCGGAGAGCCCGCCGGCUGCGGCCGUGCGGCCCGGGAACACGGUGGAUGCCGGCUCCAGCUUUGGCAGGCGAGGCACGCGCCGCCUCUUCCCCGCCCUCCCUUUGCCGCUGUCCCCUCCCCUCGGCCCCGCCGCGCAGUCCUGGACGCGCGAGAGUGGGGGCGGCAGACAGACUGAGAAUCCAGGGAGAAAGUUGCUCGCCUUCCCCGCAGCUCCCCGGGGGGCGCCGAGGCCACACCCGACCCCUGUUUGCUUUUCUGGGUCAAUCCCUGGGGUCUGGGGCUGCAGUGUUAUGAGGACCAGGAUGGGAAGUAGCCUCAGAGAUGGGGAGAGCGAUGUCUAUGAGCUUUAAGGGGCUCUUGAGAAGUGGUCACUUUGGAGGGCAGAGAGCAUGACGGGUGUGGACGUAGGAAAGAGAAGGCUGGGCACGCCACGCGAGGCUGCUGGAUUCCGUGGGGGCAAAGCCAGAGAGAAAGAAGGCAGACUACUCCCCUGCCAAGCCUCUCCCAACAGCUGCAAACCUUUGGGAACUUCUUUCAAGAUAUUUCUCUUCCUCUCUUUCCUCUUCCUCUUUCCUGGGUUUCCCCCACUCCCUUACCUCCCCUCUCACCCUCUCUCCUCUUUCUGCUACCCUCCUUUCUCCUCCCGUCCCCUUCCCUGCCUCUUACCCACUCCACUCCCCAACCCACGAUCAGCCUUAACAUCUAUCUACACAACCUCUAAAUUUCCUUUCUGAAAAUCUGCUCCUUUUGAUUUCUUCUUAGGACCUGCCCAGUUCUGACUUGCCAUCAGCCUUUUUAACCCUUCGGAAGCCAGAUCCGUGUUUUGUGGGUGACUGACUGACCUCUGGAGUCUCCACAGAGGACAGUUAUUUUAGGAAGCUGCCAUCUGGGACCAGCAACUUUUGAAGUACAUACUUGCUUAGAUGCAGUUUUUGUGAUGUGCCUUUUUCAAAGCAGCUGGAAGUAAUAACUGGGACCAAACUCAGGCAGUCAGGUCGGAAGCGAGUGCUUAUCCCAGCUGAGUCAUCUUACUGGCCUGCAGUGAUUCAAGGGAGACACAUUGAAGGAGAGGAUUCACUCUACAGAGUUCAUGAAGAAUCCAGGAUUUGGUUCCCAAUACCAGGUAUAAUUGUGCAUGCCUGUAACCUCAGACCAAGGAGAUAAAGACAGUUGGACAGUGCAAACAGAAGUUCAAGGGAAGCCUGGCUAUAUGAGAUCUUUCUCUAAAUAAUA